AUGGAGUUAAAGAAGGAUCGUGAGUGGCCCCCAGGGGAGCCUGCUCCUUCUCCCCCCAACUCUGUCUGCUGUAGGAAAAUCACACUGGCUUUUAUCCUCGUCUUAUUCAUCAGCGUCUUUGUGGGCUUGUUGGUUGGUGAGUCAUGUGACUUACGUCAUGCUUAUUACAGAUAAUGUAUCGGCUAUUUGAAUAGUAAUAAUCAAUUGCAUACAGAUGUUUGAUCCUCUCUGACAUCAUCAGCAUACUUGGUGCAAGAGGAGCAUUACUUCAUGGAGACAGUAGAGCUGAAGGGUCUGAAGUAUGGCCCUGACCUGCAAGAUGAGAGCUCUGCAUUCUCUAUAGUGCUCACUUCUACUCUAAGGACUAAGGUAAGAGCUGACUGCAAUGAGAUCCUGGGGCCUGAUUUCAUGGCACAUAUUCACAUUUUAAUGAUUUUAUUAAUAAAUAGUUCAAAUCUUUCCAUCCACUUGCAGAUCAAGAAUAUUUUCAUUGCCUCGUCAAUAGCACAUCACUAUAUCAACUGUAAUAUUGUUGCCUAUGGGUAAGUCCAAAGAUAAUUAAUGUUACGUUGAAUAAUAAUAUAUGCCAUUUAGCAGAUGCUUUUAUCCAAAGCGACUUACAUGCAUGCAUACAUUUUAUGUAUGGGUGGUCCCGGGAAUCAAACCCACUAUCCUGGCAUUACAAGUGCCAUGAUCUACCAACUGAGCUACAGAGGACCACACAUACUUAAAUGAAAUGUAUAGUAAAAGAGUGUUUUAGAACCUUUAAUAUUUUGUUUACUUUAAUUUGAUGUCUCCCUUUAUUCCAGUAACAUCAAUGGCGAUGUGAUGGCCACAUACCGACUGGUCUUCAGCGUGUCCAAGGUCCAGCAGUACUCUGAUAAUUUUAUUCAGGACCUUUUGAGGGUAGGACUGAAUGCCCUGUUCCAUGGGAAGCCCAUAGAAGUGCCUGAGUUUGGAGAGAUCAACACUAUUGUCUUACUGGGUACUGUGUCAUCUUUUUUUGUCUGAUAGAUAUGAUGUAUGAUAGAAAAUCCCACUCAAACACUCUGAUUGACACAUAUCCUGAUUGUAGUUACAAGACAAUGUUUCGACCAAAACAGAUCAAGAUAUGUAGAGAAAGAGGGGGUAUAGAUAUUGCAUAGUUCACAACUAUCAUUAAAGUGUAUAGUUACAUAAUAUGUCAUGCUUUCUUCCUCAUCCAAUCUUUUAUUUUCAUGUUCACUACCCAGGGGCCAGUGGGAAGUCAUUCUAUAGCAUUGGAGAUGAUAUGGGUGAGUGUUUCUAUUCUACCCUAAUCUUGAUUGCUCUAAAAAAGUCAAGGCGCCGCGGGUCAGGGUUUUCUAUCUGACCGUAUGAUACUGUCUCUCCCCAGCCAGCUGUCCCGACAACACUUUCAGCUGUGACAAUGGGGAGUGUGUCACCAAGGUCAACGCCGAGUGUGAUUUCAUCCCAGACUGUGCCGACGGCUCUGAUGAAGCUUACUGCUGUGAGUGCUCUUUAACCUCUAUGACUGACAGACUGACAGACAGACAUGACAGACAGAAACACCAGAACAUACAACUUUCACAAUAUACUAACUGACUGCUGUUGUCCCCAGCCUGUGGGACUCGUCCGGCCAUGGGCAGUAGAAUAGUGGGUGGAGUGGAUGCCCGUCCUGGGGAGCUGCCCUGGCAGGUCAGUCUGAGGCUGCAUGGCCGACACAACUGUGGAGCCUCCAUCAUCAACAGCCAUUGGCUUGUCACUGCUGCUCACUGCUUCGAGAAGUAGGUUACUACACCAUGCACCGGUUUCCACUAGAUAGCACAGCCACAAAGUCAAAAUUGGCUAUAUCGUAAAAAUGUGGUCUUCAUUUAAGGUUAGGGUUAGGCAUAAGGUUAGCAGUGUGGUUAAGGUUAGGGUUAAGGUUAGGUUUAAAAUCUCAUUUUAAGAAGAGAAAUUGUAGAAAUAGGUGUGGUUUCUGACUUUGUGGCUGUGGUAACUAGUGACGACCCCUUGCACCUGUCAAUAGACUUGCCACACAUACAGUGGUGUGAAAAAGUGUUUGCCCCCUUCCUUAUUUGUUAUUUGUUUGCCACACUUAAAUGUUUCAGAUCAUCAAACAAAUGUAAAUAUUAGUCAAAGAUAACACAAGUAAACACAAAAUGCAGUUUUGAAAUGAAGGUUGUUAUUAUUAAGGGAAAACAAAAUCCAAACCUACAUGGCCCUGUGUGAAAAAGUGUUUGCCCCCCCUGUUAUAACACAACUCAACUGUGGUUUAUCACACCUGAGUUCAAUUCCUCUAACCACACCCAGGCCUGAUUACUGCCACACCUGUUCUCAAUCAAGAAAUCACUUAAAUAGGACCUGCCUGACAAAGUGAAGUAGACCAAAAGAUCCUCAAAAGCUAAACAUCAUGCCGAGAUCCAAAGAAAUUCAAGAACAAAUGAGAAAGAAAGUAAUUGAGAUCCAUCAGUCUGGAAAAGGUUAUAAAGCCAUUUCUAAAGCUUUGGGACUCCAGCGAACCACAGUGAGAGCCAUUAUCCACAAAUGGCGAAAACAUGGAACAGUGGUGAACCUUCCCAGGAGUGGCCGGCCGACCAAAAUUACCCCAAGAGCGCAGCGACAACUCAUCCAAGAGGUCACAAAAGACCCCACAACAACAUCCAAAGAGCUGCAGGCCUCACUUGCCUCAGUUAAGGUCAGUGUUCAUGACUCCACCAUAAGAGACUGGGCAAAAAUGGCCUGCAUGGCAGAGUUCCAAGACGAAAACCACUGCUGAGCAAAAAUAACAUUAAGGUUUGUCUCAUUUUUGCCAGAAAACAUCUUGAUGAUCCCCAAGACCUUUGAGAAAAUACUCUGUGGACUGACGAGACAAAAGUUGAACUUUUUGGAAGGUGUGUGUCCCAUUACAUCUGGCGUAAAAGUAACACCGCAUUUCAGAAAAAGAACAUCAUACCAACAGUACAAUAUGGUGGUAGUAGUGUGAUGGUCUGGGCCUGUUUUGCUGCUUCAGGACCUGGAAGACUUGCUGUGAUAAAUGGAACCAUGAAUUCUGCUGUCUACCAAAAAAUCCUGAAGGAGAAUGUCCGGCCAUCUGUUCGUGACCUCAAGCUGAAGCGAACUUGGAUUCUGCAGCAGGACAAUGAUCCAAAACACACCAGCAAGUCCACCUCUGAAUGGCUGAAGAAAAACAAAAUGAAGACUUUGGAGUGGCCUAGUCAAAGUCCUGACCUGAAUCCUAUUGAGAUGCUGUGGCAUGACCUUGAAAAGGCAGUUCAUGCUCAAAUCCUCCAAUGUGGCUGAAUUACAACAAUUCUGCAAAGAUGAGUGGACCAAAAUUCCUCCACAGCGCUGUAAAAGACUCAUUGCAAGUUAUCGCAAACGCUUGAUUGCAGUUGUUGCUGCUAAGGGUGGCCCAACCAGUUAUUAGGUUGUAGGGGGCAAUCACUUUUUCACACAGGGCCAUGUGGGUUUGGAUUUUGUUUUCCCUUAAUAAUAACAACCUUCAUUUCAAAACUGCAUUUUGUGUUUACUUGUGUUAUCUUUUACUAAUAUUUACAUUUCUUUGAUCUGAAACAUUUAAGUGUGACAAACAUGCAAACAAAUAAGAAAUCAGGAAGGGGGCAAACACUUUUUCACACCACUGUAGGCUAUCAAGGUGGAGAAGUGAGGAGUGAUUGUGUCAGUUUGAAGUUGAGUGAAUUGACUACUCUUUUCCAACUCCCUACAGGGACAAUGACCCAAAAGAAUGGACAGCCCUGGUAGGAGCCAUCCUGGUGAGUGGAGAAGAGUCAGACGCCAUCUCUGUGAACAUCAAGUCUGUGUUUGUGUCCCCACACUACAACCCUAUGACCACUAACAACGAUGUGACCAUGCUGGAGCUAGAGACCCCCCUCACCUUCAGCCCCUACAUCCAGCCUGUCUGUCUGCCCUCCUCCUCCCAUGUCUUCAGCCCAGGCCGGAACUGUGUGGUGUCUGGCUGGGGGGCUCUCAACCAGCAUUCCUGUGAGUUACCUUUGAAUUUGUUUUUAUAACCACAGCAUUUUCCCAAAAGUCACACCUUUGUAAGUUACCUUUUGUAUUGUAGUGCUCACUGACCCUGUUCUCUGUUGUGCUGUGUAGUUGAUACGCCACCAGCUCUACAGAAGGCAGUGGUGAAUAUCAUUGAUUCAAAGGUCUGCAACAAGUCGUCCGUUUACAGAGGCUCUGUGACCGACAACAUGAUGUGUGCUGGCUUCUUACAGGGGAAGGUCGACUCCUGUCAGGUGAGAAAGCGAUGAGCCUGAAAAGCUAUCCACUUGCAGUCUGACUUUUUUGGUUCCCCUACAUGGUGGCUCUAUUUAAGUAAUAAGGCCAGAGGGGGUGUGGUAUAUGGUCAAUAUACCACGGCGAAGGGCUGUUCUUACGCAGGACGCAACGCAGAGUGCCUGGACACAGCCCUUAGCCGUGGUAUAUUGGCCAUAUACCUCAAACCGAGGUGCCUUAUUGCUAUUAUAAACUGGUUACCAAUGUAAUUAGAACAGUAAAAAAUAUUUUGGGGACAUACCUGUGGUAUACCCACGGCUUUCAGCCAAUCAGCAUUCAGGGCUCUAACCACCAAGUUUAUAAUACAUACUGUAUACAUGUCCUUUCUUUUGUUGUGUGGAAUGUGUACUUAGAGUUCAAAUAACACAUUGACCCUUAGGGCUGUCCUACAAAUAGUGGGCUGGGUUUAUGGCAUGUUGACAUGCUUAUUAAAUUCCCUGAUUUUGUAUUAAAUCACUAUCAGGGUGACUCUGGAGGGCCACUGGUGUGUGAGGAGGCCCCAGGGCGGUUCUUCCUGGCUGGAGUGGUGAGCUGGGGUGUGGGCUGUGCUCAGAUCAACAGGCCAGGGGUCUAUUCCCGCGUCACCAGGCUACGCAACUGGAUCCUCAGCCACACCAACCCUGGCAUGGUCCACUACCCUGCCCACACCCCGCCAAUGGUGCCAGUUCCGACACCAACAGUCAGUCCUAUUUCCAAGACAAUGGCAGCAGCUCCACUCCUGCCUGGUAAUAUUGGAAGCAAGGUUAUAGGGACAUUUUAGGUAGUUGAUGUUUGAUAAUACAGGAUAUACAGUGCAUUUGGAAAGAAAUUCGACCCCUUGACUUUUUACACAUUUUGUUACUUUACAGCCUUAUUCUAAAAUUGAUUAAAUUGUUUUUUCCCCUCAUCAAUCUACACCCAAUACCCCAUAAUGACAAGGCAAAAACAGGUUUUUAGAGUUUUUUGCAAAAAAAUAAUACAAAAUACUGAAAUAUCACAUUUACAUAAGUAUUCAGAGCCUUUAGUCAGUAUUUUGUUGAAGCACCUUUGGCAGCGAUUACAGCCUUGAGUCUUCUUGGGUAUGAUGCUGCAAACUUGGCACACCUCUACUUGUGGAGUUUCUCCCAUUUUUCUCUGCAGAUCAUCUCAAGCUCUGUCAGGUUGGAUGGGGAGCAUCGCUGCACAGCUAUCGUAAGGUCUAUCCAGAGAUGUUAGAUCGGGUUCAGGUCCGGGCUCUGGCUGGGCCACUCAAGGACAUUCAGAGACUUGUCCCGAAGCCAAUCCUGUGUUGUCUUGGCUGUGUGCUUAGGGUCGUUGUCCUGUUGGAAGGUGAACCUUUGCCCCCAGUCAAGGAUCUCUCUGUACGUUGCUCUGUUCAUCGCUCUGUUCAUCAUUCCCUCGAUCCUGACUAGUCUCCCAGUCCCUGCAGCUGAAAUACAUCCCCACAGCAUGAUGCUGCAACCACCAUGCUUCACCGUAGGGAUGGUGCCAGAUUUUCUCCAGACGUAACGCUUGGCAUUCAGGCCAAAGAGUUCAAUCUUGGUUUCAUCAGACCAGAGAAUCUUGUUUCUCAUGGUCUGAGAGUCCUUUAGGUGCCUUUUGGCAAACUCCAAGUGAACCUUCCAGAAGGACAACUAUCUCUGCAGCACUCCACCAAUCAGGCCUUUUACUGAGGAGUGGCUUCCGUCUGGCCACUCUGAUUGGUGGAGUGCUGCAGAGAUAGUUGUCCUUCUGGAAGGUUCUCCCAUCUCUACAGAGGAACUCUGGAGCGGUGUCAGAGUGACCAUCGGGUUCUUGGUCACCUCCCUGACCAAGGUCCUCCCCCAAUUGCUCAGUUUGGCCGGGUGGCCAGCUCUAGGAAGAGUCUUGGUGGUUCCAAACUUCUUACAUUUAAGAAUGAUGGAGGCCGCUGUGUUCUUGGGGACCUUCAAUGCUGCAGAAAUGUUUUGGUACCCUUCCCCAGAUCUGUGCUUCGACACAAUACUGUCUCGGAGCUCUACGGACAAUUCCUUCGACCUCAUGGCUUGGUUUUUGCUCUGACAUGCACUGUCAACUGUGGGACCUUAUAUAGACAGGUGUGCGCCUUUCCUAAUCAUGUCCAAUCAUUUGAAUUUACCACAGGUGGACUCCAAUCAAGUUGUAGAAACAUCUCAAGGAUGAUAAAUGGAAACAGAAUGCACCUGAGCUCAAUUUCGAGUCUCAUAGCAAAGGGUCUGAAUACUUAAGUAAAUAAGGUAUUUCUGUUUUUUAUUUUUAAUAAAUGUGCAAAAAUUUCUAAACCUGUUUUCGCUUUGUCAUAAUGGGGGUAUUGUGUGUAGAUUGAUGAGUUUUAUUUAUUCAAUCAUUUUUAGAAUAAGGCUGUAACGUAAACAAAAUGUGGAAAAAGCGAAGGGGUCUGAAUACUUUCCCGAAUGCACUGUAACUAAUCAUAGUGUUUUUUUUGGCAGCUGUGAACUGUAGUGAGAACUUCAAGUGCAGGGCUGGGGACUGCAUCAACAAAAUUAACCCUGAGUGUGAUGGUGUCAUUGACUGCUCUAACGAGGCUGAUGAGAAGAACUGUGGUGAGUUUAUCGCUGGCCUGUCUCACAAACUGUACAACUAUCUCAGUUGUCAACAUACAGUGCCUUCAGAAAGUAUUCACACCCUUAGACUUUUUCCACAUUUUGUUGUGUUACAGCCUGAAUUUAAAAUUGAUUAAAUUUUUAUUUUGUGGCACUGACCUACACACAAUACCCCAUAAUGUCAAAGUGGAAUUAUGUUUUGAGAACUUUUUACAAAUUAAUUAAAUAUGAGUUAAAUUAAGGAGUAAACUUACAUGGACUCACUCUUUGUGCAAUAAUAGUGUUUAACAUGAUUUUUGAAUGACUACCUCAGCUGUGUACCCCACACAUACAGAUAAUUGUAAGGUCCCUCAGUCGAGCAGUGAAUUUCAAACACAGAUUCAACCAAAAAGACCAGGGAGGUUUUCUAAUGCCUCGCAAAGAAUGGCACCUAUUGGAUUUCACCAUGAGGCCAAUGGUGACUUUAAAACAGUUACAAAGUUUAAUGGCUGUGAUAAGAGAACUGAGGAUGGAUCAACAACAUUGUAAUUACUCAACAAUACUUACCUAAAUGACAGAGUGAAAAGAAGGAAGCCUCUACAAAAUAAAAAUAUUCCAAAACAUGCAUCACCUCUUUUCGGAGUACAUAACCAGCUUCUCAGGCUCCAUCUCAGUGUGCUUCAUCCUAUAGCUAGAGGACUUCUGAGAUCUCCAGCAGUGAUAAGUAUACUUUUUGUCUUUAUCUGUUAUCUAGUACAGUCUUUUUGUGAGCUAAGGCCAUCUAAUUUAAGUGCUGCCUGUCUUCCCAGUAGCCUACUUGCUGUGUGAACUACUGACUGCUAUUAAUUUGCAGAUGAUUGUUGACACAUCAACCAGGAUUAAGGGGCAGGGCAAUUUGGGACUGUUGUUGUUUUGGUCAUCAGUGGCUGUAUUGGAGAGGGAGGUGUGCUCUUCACCUUUGCAAGGCAAUUAGCAAUUAAUAUUAGUACUUCAGUCUCCCCUGUUUUCUCAGCGGUGGUCUUGUCAGCGGUGCAAAACUAAGACCGUCGCCGAAUCAAAGACUGUUCAGCCGAGUUGUUCUGCAGAGUUAUUUGAGGAAGGAAAGAGAGGAAGACUCCACACCACUCUCUGACUUUAGUAUCUUAUCUAGUUAUUUUCAGAUGAUCUCAUUUUGCUCUUUUGUAGCUUUGGCAACUAUGUGUGUGUUUUCUAUUCCAGUUGGCUGCAACCUUUCUACAGACGCUCCCCACCCCUUGGCUGCAACCUUUCUAAUUUAGUGUACCCUGCGUGUACAACCCAUGUGGAAUUCCUGGACUCUGGCAGCGUUUGGAACUGCCGAUCUGUGGUUAAGAACGCAGAGUUCAUCUCAGCCUAUGCUGCCCUUCAGUCCCUGGACUUUUUGGCCCCGACGGAGACAUGGAUCACCCCAGAGAACACUGCUACUCCAGCUGCUCUCGCUUUAUAUGACUACAUAUUCUCUCAUAGUCCGAGAGCAUCUGGUCAUCGAGGUGGUGGCACAGGGCUACUAAUUUCUCCUAAGUGGAGAUGUUCUCUUUUCUCCCUCUCUCACCUGUCCAUCUCUUAUUUCGAAUUCCAUGCUGUCACUGUCACUUGUCCCCUCAAGCUUAACAUUGUUGUCAUCUAUCGCCCACCAGAUGCCCUUAGAGAGUGCCCUUAGAGGUGCCCUCAAUGAGCUUGACACCUUGAUAAGCUAAUUUCCUGGCGAUGGUUCACCGCUCUUAGUACUUGGCAACUUCAACCUCCCAACGUCUGCCUUCAAUUCAUUUCUUUCCAACUCUCUCUUUCCCCUCGCCUCUUUUGACCUCACCCUUUCGCAGUCCCCUCCCACUCACAAGGCAGGCAAUACGCUUGACCUCAUCUUUACUAGAUGCUGUUCGCCUACUAAUCUCACUGCAACCCCCCCUCCAGGUUUCUGAUCACUACUUUUUUAUAUAUUUUUUAAAAAAUCAUUUUCUGUCUACCUUUCCUCCAACCCUAGCCACUCAGUCCCUACCCAGAUGGUGAUGUGCCGUCACAAUCUUCUCCCGCUCUCUCUCCUCUUCUCUCUCUCUCUCUCUCCUCUUCUAUCCUCUCUCCAUUCUGCUGAAUCCUUUUCCCUCCUGUCUCCUGAUUCUGCCUCUUCAACCCUACUCUCCUCCCUUUCCGCAUCCUAUGACUCGCACUGUCCCCUUUCCUCCCGGCCGGCUCGCCCCUCCCUUCCUGCUCCGUGGCUGAGUGACUCAUUGCGAGUUUACAGAAUAGGGCUGCGGGCAGCUAAACUUCUGGAGGACCUAUCAUCCUUCCACUCCCUCACUCAACCUUCUCUUCCUCUGUAUCUGCUGCUAAAGCCACCUUCUAUCACUCUAAAUUCAAGCUACUGCCUCUAACCCCUCAUUUUAUACCUUCUCCCUCCUUAAUCCUCCACCCCCUCCCCUCCCUCCUCCCUCUCUGCGGACGACUUUGUCAACCACUUUGAAAAGAAGGUUGACGACAUCCGCUUCUCAUUCACUCAGCCUAUUGAGUCCACUGGUCCCACUUACACGGAACUACACUACGCCUUGACCUCUUUCUACCCUCUCUCUCAACAUGAAAUUCUGCGACUAGUGAGGUCCAGCCACCCGACAACCUGCACGCUCGACCCCAUCCCCUCCUCCCUUCUCAAGACCACCUCUGGAGACCUCCCUCAUCAACUCAUCCCUGACCACUGGCUGCGUCCCCUCUGACUUCAAAAUAGCCCGAGUCGCUACCCUUCUCAAGAAACCAACACUCGACUCCUCUGACAUCAGAAACUACAGACUGGUAUCCCUUUCUUUUAUUUCCAAAACACUUGAGUGUGCUGUCUAUGACCAACUCUCUCGCUAUCCCUCUCAGAACAAUCUUCUUGACCCUAACCAGUCAGGCUUUAAGACGUGCCACUCAACCGAGACUACUCUUCUCUGUGUCCCGGAGGCUCUCCGCACUGCCAAAGCUACAUUUCUAUCCUCUGUCUCAUCCUCCCAGAUCUAUCUGCUGCCUUCGACACUGUGAAACAUCAGAUCCUCCUCACCCACUCAGGGCUGGGUGUCUCAGGCUCUGCACACUCUUGGAUUGCAUCCUACCUGGCAGGCCGCUCCUACCAGGCAGGGUUGCCAGGUCUAGAUACAAUUUUUAGCCCAAUGACCACUCAACCUGCCCAAAAGGCCUGAAAACUAGCCCAAUUUUGAGAGGAGUUGCCACAAUUAUACAAUAAACCCUUUUUCCAUAACGUUGUCGAGCCAAUUAAGAAGGAAUAUCGACGUAACUUGUAAUGACGUUAGAAGCAAAAUUCAGUUUAUCAAAAUAAUAAUUAUUGCGAGCUAGGACAUGACGUAAUAAAGGAAUUUGAAUAUCACAAGAGAAAAGAUCAUUCGGCAGAUGAUUUUCCAUCAAUGGAUGUCGAUUUACCUCGAUUGACUGCUAUGAUUAAGCAAUAAGACACGAGGGGGUUACGGUACUGAAUAUGGCCAAUACAGUGCAUUCGGAAAGUAUUGCUAUGAGACUCGAAAUUGAGCUCAGGUGCAUCCUGUUUCCAUUGAUCAUCCUUGAUGUUUCUACAACUUGAUUGGAGUCCACAUGUGGUAAAUUCAAUUGAUUUGGAAAGGCAUACACCUGUCUAUAUAAGGUCCCACAGUUGACAGUGCAUGUCAGAGCAAAAACCAAGCCAUGAGGUCGAAGGAAUUGUCCUUAGAUCUCCGAGACAGGAUUGUGUCAAGGCACAGAUCUGGGGAAGGGUACCAAAACAUUUCUUCAGCAUUGAAGGUCCCCAAGAACACAGCGGCCUCCAUCAUUCUUAAAUGGAAGAAGUUUGGAAACACCAAGCCUCUCCCUAGAGCUGGCAGCCCGGCCAAACUGAGCAAUCGGGGGAGAAGGGCCUUGGUCAGGGAGGUGAUCAAGAACCCGAUGGUCACGCUGACAGAGCUCUAGAGUCCCUCUGUGGAGAUGGGAGAUCCUUCCAGAAGGACAACCAUCUCUGCAUCACUUCCACCAAUCAGGCCUUUAUGGUAGAGUGGACAGAUGGCAGUCACUCCUCAGUAAAAGGCACAUGACAGACCACUUGGAGUUUGCCAAAAGGCACCUAAAGGACUCUCAGACAAUGAGAAACAUGAUUCUCUGGUCUGAUGAAACAAAGAUUGAACUCUUUGGCCUUAGUGCCAAGCGUCACGUCUGGAGGAAACCUGGCACCAUCCCUAUGGUGGUGCAGCAUCAUGCUGUGGGGAUGUUUUUCAGCGGCUGGGACUGGGAUACUAGUCAGGAUCGAGGGAAAGAUAAACGGAGCAAAGUACAGAGAGAUCCUUGAUGAAAACAUUCUCAGGACAACGAUCCUAAGUACACAGCCAAGACAACGUAGGAGUGGCUUCGGGACAAGUCUCUGAAUGUCCUUGAGUGGCCCAGCCAGAGCCCGGACUUGAACCCGAUUUAACAUCUCAGGAGAGACCUGAAAAAAGCUGUGCAGCGAUGCUCCCCAUCCAACCUGACAGAGGUUGAGAGGAUCUGCAGAGAAUGGGAGAAACUCUGCAAAUACAGGUGUGCCAAGCUUGUAGCGUCAUACUCAAGAAAACUCGAGGCUGUAAUCGCUGCCAAAGGUGCUUCAACAAAGUACUGAGUAAAGGGUCUGAAUACUUAUGUAAAUGUGAUAUUUCAUAAAACCUGUUUUGUGUAGAUUGAUGAGGGAAACAAACUAUUUAAUCAAUUUUAGAAUAAGGCUGUAACGUAACAGAAUGUGGAAAAAGCCAAGAGGUCUGGAUACUUUCCGAAUGCACUGUAUACCACGGCUGAGGGCUGUUCUUAAGUAUGACGUAACGCGGAAUGCCUGGAUACAGCCAUUAGCCGUGGUAUAUUGGCCAUUUACCACAACCCCCGGGGUGCCUUAUUGCUAUUAUAAACUGGUUAACAACGUAAUUAGAAAAGUAAGUCAUUUUUUUGUCAUACCCGUGGUAUAUGGCCCGAUAUAUCACGGCUUUCAGCCAGUCAGCAUUCAGGGCUCGAACACGGUUUAAAAUUGCUAAUAAAUCCCUUUUGCGCAUGUGCAUAACUAUAGAUAAAUCCGACAGGAGUGUUUGAGUGAUGAGAGUUAGACAGAGGAUCUCAAAAUCGGUUUGUAGAUGUUAAGACUACAAACCGUUAUAAAUGGCCCAUUUGCGAGAUUGACUUGUAAUUUCAAUAGGCAUAGUCCACAGUAGCGGUACCUGGGUAAAAUCACCGGGGAAGCCAAACCAGGGAAAAAAAGCAAUUUUACAACCUAUGUUUUGUGAUAAUUGCGUUGUUUUCUCUAUAACCUAUUAGUUCAUAUGCCUUGACACCGUGAUAUAAGGCAGAGACAAUAAGAAGACACAGUGGCGGAAUAAAUUCUACCACACAUUUGUUUCAUUACAAAACCGGAGAGCAACAUCUGUCCGGUGACGUCCACAAAACAUAUUGGAUGUAACAGUUACAUAACCUACAGCAUGGUCAAGCAAGGUAAUGUUUCUGACAUUUUCGGACUACUAAACUAUUGAUUUAGAACCACGUAGAGUUACCACAAGUCGCAAAGAAAACAGGAGCUUCUUCCACUAUUCCAGCACCAUUUCAACAUCAUGUAAUCACCUAAUCUUAGUCUACUACAGUGCCAACUAAAAGAUACCAAAAACAUUUUAGUCCAAUCAACGUAAGGUAAAUAUGAUGUGGCUGUCCAUGGUACUGAUUUGUGUGUGUGUGCGUGCAAGUAGAAAAAACAUGUUGACUCACCCUACUUGUAGAGAAACGCCAAUGCCAUUCUCUUUCAUGUUGCCUAAACGGUCUAUGACUGUCAUUUAGUACAUGCUUUUAGUUUUUGUUGUCCUAGGCUACCUGGUUAAAAUGCUUGCUCGCUAGCCUAACUUUCUUUUAUGGGCAACGAUACGCCAGGCCAGCUAGUUAACAUUAGCAAACUACAUCUAGCUACACGUUGAACUUCCAUCAUCUCAGGCCAGGGGCACAAUGUAUGAAUUUAUUGUUGGAUCAGAAUCGCCGAAAUAAUCAUUGGCCAGUAUGGAGAAUCAAGUAAAACCACUCCAAAUAACUAUCUCCAUCCAAGGCUAAUAUAGGAAAGGUUCGAUUUUAGCUAGCCACCGGAGGACAACAACAUGAGAUGCAACAAUUCAAGUUAUUUUCUGUCAACAAUUACAUUUGGCCUGUGAUGUGAUUGGUCUGAAGCCAAAUCCAAACUGGCUUCCCUUGACACAAUGUUUUGGUGCGCCAGGACCAUUCACAGCUGAGCUCGCUCAGUUUAGCUCAAGGCUGAUUGCCUAUUAUUUUAUUUUUUAUCAGCUUGCUUAGUUCAAAUUAACAGACUAAUUAAUUCAACAUGAAUAGGGAGGCGAUUUCGAGGUAAGACGUGCUUGUGUUUCCCAAUAGCCAGCUGGAAUAGGCUACUGAGGAUGGGGUCAUAAUUUUAAUCACUGAAUUAAAUAUUAAUAAUUUGUAUUUGAACUGAAUAUGCUUGUCAACAACAGCUAGUGUUUUUUUACUUGUAGCCUAUGACUACUGUUACAGUCAAUCUAAUGCGUUCUAACAACCGAUCAGCAAUUGCGAUAGAGAUUUGAUAACUUCCGAUUGAAUUAACAAAACAUGGCCAUUAAUAAUUGCACAAUAACACAAGGCUACAAAUGGGCACAAAUGUAUUUGCAAUGACUCCAGUGAUAUCGUCAUUUCAACAUAUUUUUUGUAUCAAAUGGUAGCCUACAGUAGCCUACAAUGACAUAUAAAUUAAUAGGCUAAUUGAUGGCCAACAGAGGCAAAAGUAUCAUUCGCUACAUUUAAUGUCAGUUUCAUUGAGGACUUUGCCACAUAAAAAGAACCACGCGAGGGAGUUCCAUAACUUUCAUUUCAAAUUUCCACUCACGCAGCCCCAGAGACCCAAGAACUGAUGAGCAUGCGUAAAACACUUCGCUUUAAAACCGUUUUCUUUAAGAAAAGUCGACAUUAGAAUGGAGUUUAAACCACCUCUGAGCGAAGUUAUGUAAUGCGCUCUAGUGCGCCCAAAGUCGUUUCCAAUGCUUUGUCUCCACUAUUUAUUGAUGUGCAUUAGUUCUAGCGUGUUAAUAUGUUUUAUGGAAAAAGGGUUGGAAAAAGGUAGGUGUCUCCAUAAUGACAAUCUAUACUGAACAAAUAAAUACUGAACAAAAAAUAAAUAAAAAAUAUUAACACAACAUGCAACAAGUUCAAAGAUUUUACUGAGUUACAGUUCAUAUGAGGAAUUCAGUCAAUUGAAAUAAAUUCAUUAGGCCCUAAUCUAUGGAUAUCACAUGACUGGGAAUACAGAGAUGCAUCUGAUGGUCAAAGAUACCUUAAAAUAAAUGGGCCUCACAAUGGGCCUCAGGAUCUCGUCACGGUAUUUCUGUACAUUCAAAUUGCCAUCGAUAAAAUGCAAUUGCGUUCGUUGUCCGUAGCUUAUGCCUGUCCAUACCAUAACCCCACCGCCACCAUGGGGCACUCUGUUCACAACGUUAACAUCAGCAAACUGCUCGCCCACACAACGCCAUACACGUGGUCUGCGGUUGUGAGGCCGGUUGGAUGUACUGCCUAAUUCUCUAAAAUGACAUUGGAGGCGGCUCAUGGUAGAGAAAUGAACAUUAAAUUAUCUGGCAACAGCUCUGGUGGACAUUCCUGCAGUCAGCAUGCCAAUUGCACUGUGUUGUGUGACAAAACUGCACAUUUUAGAGUGGCCUUUUAUUGUCCCUAGCACAAGGUGCACCUGUGUAAUGAUAAUGCUUUUUAAUCAGCUUCUUGAUAUGCCACACCUGUCAGGUGGAUGGAUUAUCUUGGCAAAGGAGAAAUGCUCACUAACAAGGAUGUAAGCAAAUAUGUGCACAAAUUUUGAGAGAAAUACGCAUUUUGUGCAAAUGAAAAUUUCUAGGAGUUUUUAUUUCAGCUCAUGAAACAUGGGACCAACACUUUACAUGUUGCGUUUAUAUUUUUGUUCAGUGUAAAUAGCCUACCUACAACUGGUAAAAAGUUGUCACGAUGUGCACGCGUGCUGCUCUGUUUCCUCUCACUCACGUGGCUCAGCCAAUAGUGGACUUAGCUGCCUGCUGUAGCGCUCUCUCAACACACACACACCCCUCCGGCCCUCCCCACCACUCACUCACUCAGCAACAGACUGCCUCGCUGUCAGCAGCAGGUCACAGUGAAAUCAUUUUUUAAGAGAAAUGCCAUGGUGGUUGUGGUGUAACUUAGAAAUAGUCCUAAAACCUGCAACCAAUAUACACUAUAUAUGCAAAAGUAUGUGGACACCCCUUCAAAUUGGUGGAUUCGGUUAUUUCAGCCGAUGUUGCUGACAGGUGUAUAAAAUCGAGCACACAGCCACGCAAUCUCCAUAGACAAACAUUGGCAAUAGAAUGGCCUUACUGAAGAGCUCAGUGACUUUCAACGUGGCACCGUCAUAGGAUGCCACCUUUCCAACAAGUCAGAUCGUCAAAUUUCUGCCAUGCUAGAGCUGCCCCGGUCAACUGUAAGUGCUGUUAUUGUGAAGUGGAAACGUCUAGGAGCAACAAUGGCUCAGCAACUUCAGCACAAUAAAUGUUUGUUGGGAGAUUCUUGAAAUGGGUUUUCAUGGCCGAGCAGCCACACACAAACCUAAGAUCACCAUGCGCAAUGCCAAGGGUCGGAUGGAGUGGUGUAAAGCGUGCCGCCAUUGGACUCUGUAUCAGUGGAAACGCGUUCUCUGAAGUGAUGAAUCACGCUUCUUAUCGCACCCCCCCCCCCCCUUCUCACCUGACACCUCCCCUAGCUCUGACUUUGCUGAUAGCUACUCUAUUGAGGAAAAAUGUACUUACAAUGACUGAUAUGUGGUUGUCUGACCUAGCUAUCUUAAGAUGAAUGCACUAACUGUAAGUUACUCUGGAUAAGAGCGUCUGCUAAAUGACAAAUGUAAAUAAGGCACUAAAGUAAAACUGCAAAAGAUGUGGUGAAGAAAUUAACUUUGUCUUGAAUACAGUGUUAUGUUUGGGGCAAAUCCAACACAACACAUCAUUGAGUACCACUCUUCAUAUUUUCAAGCAUUUUGUUGGCUGCAUCAUGUUAUGGGUAUGCUUGUCAUAGGCAAGGACUAGGGAGUUUUUUUUAGGAUAAAAAUAAACGGAAUCGAGCUAAGCAAAGGCAAAAUCCUAGAGGAAAACCUGGUUCAGUCUGGUUUCCAACAGACACUGGGAGACAAAUUCACCUUUCAGCAUGACAAUAACCUAAAACACAAGGCCAAAUCUACACUGGAGUUGUUUACCAAGACGACAUUGAAUGUUCCUGAGUGACCUAGUUACAGUUUUGACUUAAAUCAUCUUGAAAAUCUAUGGCAGGACUUGAAAAUGGCUGUCUAGCAAUGAUCAACAACCAAAUUGGCAGAGCUUGAAGAAUGUUAAAAAAAAAAGUGCAAAUAUUUUACAAUCCAGAUGUGCAAAGCUCUUAGGUGAUUCUAACAUGUAUUGACUCAGGGGUGUGAAUACUUAUGUAAAUUAGAUAUUCCUUUAUUUCAUUUUCAAUAAAUUAGCUAACAUUUCUAAAAACAUGUUUUGACUUUGCCAUUAUGGGGUAUUGUGUGUAGAUCGGUGAGAAAAAUAAAUUUUGAUUUCAGGCUGUAAUGACAAAAUGUGGAAUAAGUCUGUAUGUAGCAGAUGUAGAUGGACCCAAUUUUACAAUCCCUCUUCAAAACAUUGACGACUUUUGAAGUUCUAAGUUGCCAUCCUGCACUCUUUCUCUCCUCAGACUGUGGCAUGCGUCCGGCGGUGGGCUCCCAGAGGAUUGUGGGUGGCUUGACAGCACGGAGGGGGGAGUGGCCAUGGAUUGGCAGCCUACAGUAUCAACGCUUACACCGCUGUGGAGCCACUCUCAUACACUCUAAGUGGCUCCUGACUGCUGCCCACUGCAUCAAAGGGUACAUUUUACAUUUUAGGCAUUUAGCAAACGCUCUUAUCCAGAGCGACUUACAGUUAGUGAGUGCAUAAAUUUUUUCAUACUGGUCCCCCGUGGGGAUCGAACCCACAACCCUGGCGUUGCAAGCACCAUGCUCUACCAACUGAGCUACACGGGACUACAGAAUACAUCACUGUCUGUCAGGGCCUAAUAUGUAUUGUAGACCAUUCACAUUGUCACAUACUGUAGAAGAGUGAUUCCUCAUGAAACCCAGAUAAAAAAAUACCAUAAUUUUGGGGAUUUUCAUGAUUAGUCCUUUGGAGGAAGAAUUGUUGACAUACAUUUGACAUUUGUAUCUAAAAGCAUAAUAUAGAAAUCAUUUAUCAAAGUUGGCAUAUUUAUUACAUUUUGGCCUUACCCAGGCCUCCUUUAAGACUCCAUAAUGUUUCAACUGUAGAUGCUACAAAGCAAACGUUGGUGUCAUAUAAAGCUUUACCAGUUGCUCUGUAAUAUGAGUAGUAUUUAGAUUUCCAAAACUGUUCUCUCUUUACAUUAAUUUAUGAAUAUUGACAAAUAAACAUAAAUAUAGAAAAUAUACAAUUUUAGAUUUGGCAAAUAUCAAAGUUUCAGAGUGAGCUCUGCUAGUUUAAAAGUUAUGGCCCAUUUUAGUAUAUAGAGAAAUUGGCAUAGUAGGCAACGUAUCCAAUCACAGCCCUCUUUUUACUUGUAUCAUUGCACAUCCAGCAGAGGGCAACCAUUUUGAAUCAAUUUUCACAUUCAUUCUUGGUAACGCUUACAAAUUCAAUCAUAACUCUAAUAAAAGUAGGAGAGAUCCCACUUUUGAAACUUUGAUAUGCCAGUAGUGCAGGGUUCCCAACUGGCGGCCCAUGGGCCGAAUUUGGUCCCCAUAGUUUUCUGAGCAAAAACCUUUUUAUUUGUAUUUUUUCAUUGUUGGACAUUAAAAUAAUUUUGGAAAUCUGUUCCCAAGUAUUCCCACGCAUAAUAGAGAGACGUGGUCGUAUACAAAUAUAAGCAUGGUUUGAAAUGAUUGUUUUAGUCAAAUAUUAUAUCUGUUUGGGAUUCUUGCAGUCAAUCUGCAGUCUACAAAUUAUUUGUAAUUAUGUUCCGGCUCCCGACCAUCCGCUCAAGAAAAAAUCCGGCGCGCGGCUGAAUCUAGUUGAUGAUCUCUGCCGUAGAGUAUAUUAUGUUCAACAAUAUAAAAAAUUGCCAAAUAAAUAAAUGGUAUUUUCAAUAUUCAUCUUUAUACAUUUUUAUUAUUCAUAAAUUAAUGUUUAAAAAAGUUAUUGAAAUCAAAAUACUACUCAUAUUACAGAGCAAGCAUGUGACACCAAUGUUUGCUUUGUAGCACCUACAGAUGAAACACUAUGGAGUCUGGGUAAGGCCAAAAUGUCAUAAAUAUGCCAACUUUUAUAAAUUAUUUCUCAAUUAUGCCUCAAUUAUGCUUUAGAUACAAAUGUCAAAUAUAUGUCAACAAUCCUUCCUCCAAAGGCCUAUUCUAUGGAUUACACUUCAUGAUAAUCAUCAAAAUCAUAGAUUUUUUUGUCUGUGUUUCGUGAGGAAUCAUUCAUAAAUUGUUUACUUACACAGGGAGGGACAUCAGAUUCCCCAUAACAUAUCCUUCCAUUUUUUUUUUUAAAUAGGGUAAAAGGUGUGCACGUCUGUCUGUCUCUCGUGCACCUCAUAACUGUAUAUAGAACAUUCACUUCUACACAUAAUCCAAAAUCCAUGCCCUGCCUAAACAGUCAGUUAAAUAAUCAGCUAAUUUUCCUCAUCCCGUCACCAUAGUGACUCCAACCCUGGCGGCUGGUCAGUGAGUCUGGGUUCAGUGCUGAGGUCCGGGGUGGGAGCUCUGGUUAUCCCCAUCCAAAGGAUCAUACUGCACCCAGGCUUCAACAGAACCAACAUGGACUAUGAUGUGGCCCUGCUGGAGCUGGCUGUCCCAGCACCCAGGUCCUACACCAUCCAGUUGGUUUGCCUCCCCUCUCCCGUACACAGCUUUCUGAAGAACACUGAGUGCUACAUCACUGGCUGGGGCUCCAUGAGGGAGGGAGGUGAGAGUAAUAUCAGAUAAAAUGUUUCAUAUGUUCAAAUAAGUGUAAGUGAUGUGUGUAUAAAUCUUGCAAUGCUAAUCAUUGACUAUGUGACUCAUGUUGACAUUUGUCUCACCCACAGGUUCGCUGACCAACCUGCUCCAGAAAGCUGAUGUGAACAUCAUUGAGCAGUCAGACUGCCAGCAGGCAUACGGCAACAGCCUCACCCCGAGCAUGAUGUGUGCCGGCUACAUGGAGGGGGGCAAAGACACAUGCCUGGUAAGAGCUCAGAUGACAUGAAGUGCAGUGCACACUUUCUCCAAUUUGAAGCAACUGAAGUCUUUUAAAACACUUCAGCUCAAGAUACGUUAACAUUGUUCGGUACUCUUGCCCUUUCUUGAAAGACAAACUUUGAGUGGUUGUUUAUCCUAAGACACUGCUGCACUUAAGCAAGUGAUGCUUAUCUGUACAUUGUUUCUCCUUAAAAUUGCACCAGCAGUCAGCCUCCUCUUCUCUUAAGCUGCUUAUGUAACCAAGUCAGCCGAUUUGCAUUCCUGGGUCCGGGCAUCCAGCGUCUAGCUAGCCAAAUGGCACUCUACUCAGCAAAAGAACAAAAAUAAUCACACAGAGUCACUGUUCCCAAAAGUACAUUUAUGGUCUGCAUGGUGACAAACAUUUAAAUCGGGUGACUUAUUUUUGUUCUUAUGCUGUAAAUCGACCUUCCCAAGACCAGUGCACAUUUUGGAUGUGCUUAUUGCCUUGUAUUUUGAAUUCUCUACCACAAAGUUGUCAACCGAGGUCUCUCUCUUUCUGAAACGCAGGGAGAUUCUGGUGGCCCCCUGACGUGUCGUGAACUCUCUGGCCAGUGGUUUGUUGCCGGGGUGACCAGCUGGGGACAUGGCUGCGGACGGACUGCUUUCCCAGGAGUCUAUAUGCGGGUCACUGCCAUCAGGGAAUGGAUAUCCAACUAUCUGCACUUCUGA